AUGGCGUUUAAGUUAAUAUCUCUCGCUUGUUUGGUAGCUGCCGCCAGCGCAGGCAUAGUACCUGCUGCGCCUGUGGCUUAUGCCGCCGCACCCGUAGCCUAUUCCAGCCCUGUAGCCUACUCUAGUCCUGUGGCAUAUGCUGCACCAGUCGCGAAGGUUGCCAAAGUAGCCGUUGAAGAGUAUGACCCACAUCCACAAUACAGCUUCGCAUAUGACGUGCAGGAUGGUCUAACUGGUGACUCUAAGACUCAACAUGAAACCCGCGACGGCGAUGUCGUUCAAGGAUCUUACUCUGUGGUAGACCCUGAUGGUACCAAACGUACUGUUGACUAUACUGCUGACCCACAUAAUGGAUUCAACGCUGUUGUGCGCAAGGAAGCAAUUGGCGUGAAGAUUGCCGCUCCAGUCGCUAAAAUCGCCGCUCCCGUUGCCUAUGCUGCUCCAGUCGCCAAAGUUGCCUAUUCCGCUCCUGUCGCGUACGCCGCCCCCGUCGCCAAGGUUGCUUACUCCGCUCCUGUCGCGUACGCCGCCCCAGUUGCCAAGGUCGCCUAUUCCGCCCCUGUUGCUUACUCUCAACCUCUUUACCACCAUUAA